UCUGUCAAUCGUUGUAGGAAUAAACAGCUGUAUAGGGUUGUGUAAUUUGACAUUUGGUGCAUAAUUUUUUAUUUCAAUAUACAUGCUCUUAAAAAAAACUUGUUCAAAUAAGAAUAUUUGAGAUAUUUCCGCGUGUUGUACAUGUUAUGGCUUGCAUCCGUAGCUGUCUACGCCUUCUAUCAAUCAACAGCAUAGCCACCAGAACCAUCAGUAUGUCAGCAAUGAGACGAGCCGAGGAGGCAUUGGAAAAAAUGAAGGAGAAAAAUCCAUACUUCGAAAAAUAUGCGGAAAAAAUAGCAAAACUUCAGCAAACCUCUCCCGAAGAGUUUUUAGAUCGGGUGGACAAGGUUGUUCAUCCCAUUAAGGAAGGAAAGAGUCAAACAAGAACAUACUCCGAGCUAUUAAACCCCAAGCAACCACUUAAUGCUAAGGAAGGCAAUGAAAUACCCUACAAAAAACUAGAAGAUAUUAUGAAAAUCGAGCUUAUAAUGGAUAAAACAGCUGAAGAAAUUUCCAAAAUUUGGUAUGAAUACCAUACAAAGAAAGACGUACUAGCAGCGACAUUAACUGUAAACCAGUUCGAUACCCUUAUGGAACGCGCUAAACAAUAUCCAAUCUUCCUUUUGCCUGUGCCACGAAGUGAAGGUUUCGAGUUUAUUAUGUUGCAAUUCGCUGCGAAUGCUGUCCAUUUCACACCAUUAAUCGCUUACCAGGUGCAUGCUGAAAAUGCGCCAGAGUGCUUAACGCUGGUGCAUUACACGGAAGUUAAAGACAAAGGUCUUGUACUGAUGCGUGGCGAAUAUGAUAGCAAGGUUUUGUCUGGAAAAGAAGCACAAUGCCUCGCAAAUCAAUUGCAAAUGUUUUAUUGUAAGAACGAUGAAAGCAAAUUGAAACUUUUGGAAAAGUUUAAUAAGAAACCGGAUGAUUUCAAACAUAUGGAUUUAAUUAAAGAAGUCGAAAAUAUACAAAUAGCUUAAAAUUACAAUACUGUUAAAAUAUUGACCAUCAAUCCAUUCAAAGUUUGUUUUUGUUGAACAUUAACCAUAAUAUUUUAGGUUAUGGAAAUAAAAUAUAUCGCUUUUACAAAACGAA